AUGAAUAUUGGGGGAGUUCAAAUAUACUUCAUUAAGAUCUUUAGACGUGGCUUCGCUGUUAUUUCUAACAAGCCUUACAAAGUUUCUAUCUUUGAUUCAUGGAACACAUGUAAACAUACUGACGGAAAUCAGCCAGAUUUUCGUAAUGUCCCAACAGUGUCCGCUAUACUAAGUAAAACAGCACCCUUGGAAAGUACAAUUGCACUCCGAAAAUGGCAGGAUAAAAAGAAAAAUGAACUUGGCGAAGAUGGGUUUCAGGAGUACAUGAGAGAACUUCAGCUUUUAGGAAAAAGUGUUCAUUCCAGUGUAGAAGCACGACUUAUAAAGGGCAAGUUUCCUUCUAAUCUACCUGAAAAUGUUUCCAAAUAUUGUGAAAGUCUAAAAUAUAUCUUGGAUGAUUUAAAGUCUUCUGCAGUAGAAACUAACUGCUUCCAUCCUCAGCUUUUGUAUCGCGGGAGGUUUGAUAGUAUAGUGUUUUCAAAAGAUAUAAACGAACCUAUUUUGACUGAAUGGAAAACAGUACACGAAUCCAAAAGAAUAUUGACUAUUGAGCAGGCUUAUGAUAGUCCAUUACAAGUUGCCGCGUAUAUUGGAGCUUAUAACUUUACUCGUUAUCCUGAAUCUUUGCCUGUCAAAAAAGGAAUGCUGGUGUAUUCUUAUGGUGAUGGUUAUCCAGCUGCUCGGUUUGUUUUAAACGAAACUAACUUGUUACAUUACUGGGAGUUGUGGUGUGAACGUGUUCAAGCUUAUUAUGAUCAGAUUCAUAUUGAUUAUUCAACUGAUUAUCAAUUAUUUGUGAUGAUGUCAUGUUUUCUCGCAUGAUUAUUACCUCUUUUUUAUCACCAUUCUCCAAUUGGUUUAAUUUAUUUUGUUGUUUAUCAAUUGAAUUCAUGUGUUUAUUAUUCAUAGUUAAAACAGUUGUUAUUGUAGUCUUAUCUUGUGAACUGUUAUAAUCAUUUACUGUUAUUGGACUAGGUGAACAACAAGGCGAUGAACAUGUAGUAGAAUAAUACGAAUUAAAUGUUACAUUAUGCAUAAAAAUAUUUGGUGUAGAUGGUUCACUUUUUAUAUGUGAUAUACAUUGACUAUUAUUAUUAUUGUUAUUAUCAUUGUUAUAAGUAAUAUGUUUAUUGUUAUUGUUAUUAUUUUGGUGAUGAUAAUUAGUAUCCAUUGAUAAUAUUAAAUUUUUUAAUAAAAUUUUUUUUGAACUUUUUUGUUGAUUUAUUGAUUUACAGUUUGUUUUAUCUUGUGAACUAGAUGUUGUUAUUUCUUUUAUUGUUUUAAUAUUAUUUCUUUUAUUGUUGUCAUAUUGUUGUAGAAUUGUAUCUUUUAUAUGUUUACUUUCAAUUAUUUGAUGAUCUUCAACAUUAUUAAUAUUACAAUUGUUACUAUCAUCAUUUAUAGAAAGUGAUUUAAUUAAAGUUGACUGAUUUUGUUGUUUUUUCAAUGUAUAAUUUGUUUCAUUCAAUGAUUUCAAUCUAAUAAUUACAGGUGAAUUAGUAAUUUUUGCUACAGUUGUAUUCAUUGUUGGAAGUAUAUAAUCAUUAAAUUUUUUAAUAGGACUAUAACUUUUACUAUUUUGAUUUUCAUAAUUAACAGUAUUAUGAUGAUGAUCAUUUGAAUUAACAAGUUCAUUUAAUUUAGUGUUGGAUAUUGUUGAUGACGGUUGAAUUAACUUUAUAUCAUCAUUGUUGAUGAUAGUGUUCUCUCGUUUGUUUGCUUUCAAAUGUUGAAUAUAUUGGUGAUGAUGCUGACGAUAACGAUGAUGUAUAGAUUUGGAAUUACAUUCAUUUUCUGAUACUUUUGUUAUUUUUGUUGUGGAUGGCAUUGAUGUCAAGUUAUAAUUCGCUCGAUUAUUUGUUUUAUAAGAUUCUUUUAAUAUUAAAACUGGUGAAGAGGAUGGUGACACUGAUGACGAUGAUGACGACGUUGAUACUGAAAUAGGUGAUUUUAUUGAUGCUUCUAAUUCCGAUUGAUCCUUGUUAUAAUCAUGUAGUGAUUUUACUAGAAAAGGUUUAACACGUGAAUAACACCGUUGGUAAUAGCGACGAUAUCUUGACCGUGUUUUCGGUGCAGUAGUAGUCGUAGUAUACUGAUGGUAAUCGCUUUUGCGUUUAUAUUGAUGGCGAUGACGAUGAUCAUACCGACUUUUCAUUAAAUAACAUCCAAUUAAGAUAGAAAUUGGUAAUCCAAAUAUACAAAUUAAUAUUAUGCUAAAUAUUAAAAUAUACAUUUUCAGUGUUAAUUUAAGUCUCAUUUCUGUAGAAAUAUUUGCUUGUUCAUUGUUUAAAUAGUGAGGAUUUGUUUGAUUAUUUGCUUGAAUAAAAAUCUUUUCCUGACUUUUUAACUCAUUCUGACUUAGUUGCUUAGUUAUGUGUAUGGUAUUUGUCUUUUCAUUGCCUAAAUAAAAAUUUGAAGGAAUUAAAAAAAAGUAGGAUUGUUAAAUAAUUUUCUUGUAGUUGCGAAAGUAAAUAAAGAAGCUAGACUGGAUUAUUCUGGAGAUAAUUUGCUAGUGGAUACUGUGACUCAGUAGUUAAAUCGCUUGAUUUUCAGUCCCUAUGUUGCUUAUUCGAACUCCGCUCCAUCUGCUUCGGUCUAGGCAAUUGGGUAAUAUUAACCCUUUCACUUAAAAUGUGGCUCGAAGCCAAUUACAUAUGUCUUGACCUGAUAAAUGAAAUAGUAGUAAAAUUAUUUUGUAAUGCUUGUUUUUUGUAUUUGUUAUUCAAACAAUCUUUUGUUUGAUUAAUUUUUAUGUGAAUACUCGUAGUAUUUGCUUGUUUGUCCCUUAUAAGAAUAAGGUUCAUAUACAAAAUUAUUUGUUUAUAAUAAUGUAGCUUGUAAAGUUCAUUUUUAUAAAUGUUCAUAGAAUAUUGAUGAAUCCUAGUCCUUUUUUCCCUGCUGAAGUUACUUGAAUUAAGUACAAAUAAAGUACAGUUGGAAACUCUGGGUGACAAGGCUCAGAAUCAAGUGUAUACACUCACUGUCUCCCCUUAAACCGUGAGAUUAAGAUAGUUUUAUACCUUUCUUUCUACGAACUAAUUCCUUCUCCCUAUAUCAUAUCCUUAUAUGCAAUCUCUUUUUAAAUAUAUUACUACUAUUGAAGUAACUACUUUUGUAAACUCGAUGUUCAUCUUGUUGUGCUAAUGAAGUAUGGCAAUUUAGAUCAAUGUAUAUAAUGUGCCUGGUCCUACGUUGUAGAUGACUGACUGACCGACAAAUACAGUAACAAUAUGGCUGAAGGCAUAGUAGUCUUAAUUUCUUGAGUGUAUUUAUGUGAUAAGUAAACUUGCUUAUUUUUCUCUGAUUUUAAGUGAAUAAGUAUAACAUUCACCUGCAUAUACAAAAUCCAAAUAUGUACUAAACUGAUGAAUCAUUAAUGUAUAUUUUUGAGUGAAUUAUUAUUAGUAAGCAAACACUUUUUAUUUUGAUUAUAUUUUAUUUUGUUUUAGUGCAACAAUCCUUCUAAUGAAGAAUGAGAAUUGAAAUUUUGGAUGCGUACACAAAAUAUAUCCAUAUCUACUUGUUGCAAUAUCAUCAUUUUAUCAGUGGUUUAAAUGAAAUAAGAGAAACAUUAUUUUUUAAAACUAUAUAUGCAUUUAAUUGGAAUUUAUAAUUGUAUAUACAAUUACUAAUUCAUAGUUUGCUUAAUUCUUAUUUGCUAUUCUCUUCUAUAGAUAGUUGACUGCUUCAGUUUGCCGAUGUGUAACGUUCGUUAAUUGGUCGACUUAGCUAACUUCUCUCUUUCUCAUACACAUACCAAUCAUUUGCACCAACAAGAAUUUAUUAAAGGUUUUAGGAAUGAAUUCAGACAUGAGCCACGUGGUAAAUCAUUCAUAUAACUGUCUGUUUUUCAAUAAUUUCCUAUGAAAUGUUAAGCAGUAACUAUGCAUCUCCAGAUAACUACAGUUGAGUUUCUUUCAAGUAACACGGUAUUUGACGGAGAGUAAUCCUUGGCAGUUUUUCAAAUUGUUUUCAAAAGAUAGAAACACAAGAGCACUUUAUCUAGUUGUCUAUUUCGUACUGGGAAGAUUACGUUAUAAUUAUUUAAAACAUUAAAUAAGAUAAUCGGUAGUAGAUGUGAACUAAGUACUUUUUGGUGGUUUUUCACCAUGUCUUACGAUUUAGUAGUACAAUGUCAAUCGCUGCCUAUUUUUAAUUCCUAAGCUUAAGAUGGUCCUCUUACAACUUAAUGGUCAUGUGUUUGGUUUUAUAAUUAAUCAUUUAUGCCUUUUCAACAGUUUUAGAUUUCUGAAAUAGCUCUUAAUUGUCUAUGACGUUACAUGGUACAGGAAAAAAGAUUUCAACGUGAUAGGUGCAUCGGUUUUGAUUAUCACUGUAACUGUUCUGAAAAAGAUAUGAAUAAGUAAAUAGGAAAGUAUAUAUAAGCUAAACUGGUAGAUGUGGAGUAUUAAUAUGUUCAGGGCUUACAAAGUCUGUGGUGUCAGUCCCAUUAUCAUCAAUCUUCAGUUAUGUUACUUAGAUCUUCAACCAUUAAUUCAUAACAUCUCGAUAAUCAGUGUUGAUUUACUCGACACGAUACGAAUGUAAAGUCACUGAUUUUAUGGAUUGUUGUCAUGUUUUGAUCUGAGCUCCUUCCAUAAUUUUAUUAUUGUUGAGGAUUGUUCAGAGUGUAUCACAACACCAUUUCCUUGUAUUUAACUAAGUCAAAUUUCCGUUCAUUCUAAGUGAUACUGUGGUGUGUGCCACUGAAUUCAACAGAUAUAAGCAGUAUGUAUCAUCAAACGCAUGUGAAAUGUCUGACGGCAGAAGGUUAAGGAGAUUGAAAAAAGAACGAGAACAGAGAAUGAUUGGUGUGGAAACGAAGGAACAAUCAAAUCUGAGACGAUUGAUUGAUAUUUUACAAAUGGAAGUAUUUACUGUAUGGUUCUCAUAUUGUAUUAAGCUGUUCUGUAAUUUUAUAUUCAAAUACACUCGAUUGUCC